CCUUCUUCUUUAUUACACAACCUAUCAAAUGGGGCAGUCAGGCUCUCAACUCGAAGAUAUUGUCAAUUCUUCCAACUUCUCGGCUGAAGAGGUUCAACGUCUUUACAAACGUUUCAUAAAACUCGAUAAAAAUCAUUCGGGAUCUAUUGACAGCGAAGAAUUCUUGGCAAUUCCACAGAUUGCCAACAAUCCAUUGGCUACUCGAAUGAUUGCCAUUUUUGACGAAGAUGGUGGAGGUGAUGUCGAUUUCGAUGAGUUUAUCAAAGGUCUGAGUGCAUUCAGUGCCCGUGGAAAUCGACGAGAAAAACUUGCCUUUGCAUUCAAGGUAUAUGAUAUUGAUCGUGAUGGAUUCAUUUCGAAUGGAGAACUGUUUUUGGUGCUUAAGAUGAUGGUCGGAAACAACCUCAAGGACAACCAGCUCCAGCAGAUCGUUGACAAGACUAUUAUGGAAGCUGACAAAGACAAGGAUGGAAAGGUCAGCUUUGAGGAAUUUUUGGUAGCGGUUGAAAACACUGAUGUUGUAAAGCAAAUGACACUUGAAAGCUUUUAAAAAAAACCCCCUAAAAAAAAGAAAGUGUAAUGUGUAAUGUGUGGUUUGAUAUGAUUUGAUGUGAUGUUAUGUGUAUAUACAGCUAAAAUGUUUAUAAUACAAAAUGAUCUCUUUUUUUUGUUCUUCUAUCUAGUAUAUAUAUAUAUUUAAAGAGAAUAUUCUACAUAUAUAGAUCUAUAAGAAAACUUCCCUUGUUAAUUGAUCAACUUCUUCAAUUUGCUCGUUUGCACGCGUAGAGAAUAAAAGAACAAAAAGAGGUUGAAUUCAAAAUUGGCUUAAAUCAAAGAGCCCGCUUGUACCACCAAGGAAAGGCUUUAUAGAAGUCGAUCGAACAAAAGGGUAUUUUUGCUCUUUUUUUUUCCUUUUCUUUUUGGGUUUGGGUUUGGCUCUGGUUGAUAUUUCGACUGUUACAAUUGUGAAUAAGAUGAAGGUUUGAUAUUAUUUUACGAGAGGAAAUGAGGUGAGUCACCUAAAACUUUUUUUGGGGGGAAUUUCUGGUUUUACAAAGACAAUCCGGUUGAAAAUCUAUAAAAAUAAGGG